GUUCAAGUUUUUCCAAUCGCAAAGACACACCUUUUUAACAGUGCCCAAGUUCGAAUACGCAAACAGAUAUCAAGACCAUUUUGAAUUUCAAUGUCACAAUUAAAAACAGCUCUUCCGAUCAUAUUCGCAAUUUUGAAUGCAGCGUCAAAACCUCUACCUAAUACUUACAAUCUGACUGAACUAUUUCAAUCAAUCAAAUGUGAUCAAACAGUGCCGGAUCUUACUCAAUCUUUCAAUGAAGAUGCCAUUCUAGAAAGAACAAAAAGCUGUCAAACAUAUUUCGAACAUAUUCCUUUUCAACACUGGAAUCAUGAAGAAACAAGACACGAUUCCGCUUUCCCGCUGGCCUUCACUCACACAAUUUUGGAUCGGGUCAACGUGUUGGAAUCAUUUCUGAUUGCUCACUUUCGACGUACGGAUGUACACUGCAUUCAUGUGGCCCAAAAUGCCCCAGAUAUCGUGUUUCGGGCUGUCAAAAGGCUACUGACUUGCUAUCAACUCAAAUAUCCUUCAACUCUUAUAUUCCUUACCUCCAGAAGGAUUCCGGUUUUGAUGCGCCACGCCUCUUAUUUGGACUCACAUGUGUUGUGUUUGAACAUGUUGUUAACCUUGAGCUAUGAGUGGAAAAUGUGGGUUCAUAUAUCCCCAGGGGACUUUCCAAUUCGAUCCAUAGACGAGCUUCGCAGGAAUUUGAAGUUCAACAACAAAACAAUCAUUGACGUCCGGAUCAAUGAGCACCAGAAUCGCCAGGGGCGGGUCUAUGGGUACGACAUAAUCUCACACAGUACCCAUCAAAUUCAGAAACGUGUGAUAUCAAAUUCACCUAUUGAGCCGCCUUGCAAUCUUGUCAUUGCUGAGGGCGAUCCUUGCGUCGCUUUGCUCAAGGAUGACGUGAAGGCACUUCUUGGAACCACCAUUCCACUUCAUCUUUUCCAUUGGUUUAGACACUCCGAUGUUCCAGAGCAGCAUUUCUUCGCCACGUUAGCCACAAUCACGGUGAUACAAGAACAACGAACCGGACAAUUUUUGGCGCCCAUUGUGUUCGAUUUCGAUCAAAUAAUUACUCCCAACAUGAUGUCCUCGGAACAUGAAUGCGUUCGGAGCUUUGAAUGGUAUCAGGGUAUUCGGAUGAAAAGAUCCGAAAACGGAAUUCCAGAAGAGAACCACUUCCAUCUUCUCAGACUUUGUCAUAAAAACAACGAUACUUGUCAGCAGCCACACAUGCUUCUGGAGACACUGAAACUCACUGAACCUCCCAAAAAGCUUCCAUUUGAGGAUACUGCUAUUUGCAUGCGGAAACAAAUCAUUUCCAGGAGCGCUUGUGAAAAAGCAGAGUUCAAGCGAUCAUGUCAUGUGCAUUUGAGUCAUCUCCGAGAGCUACAGGACAGUCAAUGCUUCUUCGGCAACUACUUUGACUCUCAAAAUGAGGGCUCUAGAGCUUUAGCUUGCCAAAUGAAGUCAUUACUUGGACAAUGAAUGGUUCUUGCGCAAAUAUCAGAAUGAAGUUAAAUUUUGCGAUAACCGCAUUUUACAAAUUGAAAGCAUAAAAUAGACAAUCAAACGUCUAAGUUUUUGGUUAUGAUCGUAUUUAGUUAUUAUCUUCUUUUGGGGUUCUUGAAUCUUUCGCUUUUUGCCAUAUUGGCCAAAAUGUGCGGACAAAUGCAGCAUAUUGAAUGUAAUGAAAAUUGGGAUAAGCUUCACAAAUUGACCUUGACUUUUAAUUUGAAAUUGAUUCUUCAGUAAGUUUGUACUUUCCGUUCAUUUCCCUUCGGUUUUUCAGUACUGCUCAGGAUCCAUAUCAUUGUGCAAAACUGUUUGGAAGAAGUCGAAUUGGAAGAACGAUUUAUCUACAUUUAUUAUCAAACAUGUGAAAGAAAUAUUUUUUGACUUUUCAAA